GUUUCCUUUUUUUCCUUCUGCAGUUCUUCAACAAACGAAAAACCUAUUUUGCCCAUGACCCGUUGCAGCAGUGUGUUGUUGGAGACAUUGUUCUUCUGAAAGCUUUGCCUGAGCGAAGGACCAAACACGUGAAACACGAACUGGCUGAAAUAGUUUUCAAGGUUGGAAAUGUCAUAGAUCCAAUAACAGGAAAGCCGUGUGCGGGAACCAGAUUCCUUGAAAAUCUGUCAGAUUCGGAAAAUCUGACAGAGGCAGAUACCACCUACCUAAGUGAAAAACUUCAGGAACUUAAAGUUUGCUCCACAGACAAAUAGUGGGGAAAAUAUUUAAACGGAGGGCUUUACAGCUUGUCCCUGUCAGGGAUGUUUGGGGCCCUGCUGUUUUAUGUUUCAGUGAAAUCUGUAGUCAAAAUAAAGAGUAAACAUAGUUGCUUAUAAGAUCAGAUGUUAUGGAUUGAUAGGCGCCUCAAAUCUUUAAAUGAAAAUACGGAGAAAA